AUGGCAGGCAGCGAGCUGGUGGUGGUGGGGUUUAUGGCAAGCAGCGAGCUGGUGGUGUUGGGGUUUAUGGCAGGCAGCAAGCUGGUGGUGGUGGGGUUUAUGGCAGGCAACGAGCUGGUGGUGGUGGGGUUUAUGGCAGGCAGCGAGCUGGCGGUGGUGGGGUUUAUGGCAGGCAGCGAGCUAGUGGUGGUGGGGUUUAUGGCAGGCAGCGAGUUGGUGGUGGUGGGGUUUAUGGCAGGCAGCAAGCUGAUGAUGGUGAGGUUUAUGGCAGGCAGCGAGCUGGUGGUGGUGGGGUUUAUGGCAGGCAGCGAGCUGGUGGUGGCGGGGUUUAUGAUUGAAGGGGCACUCUCUCACCUCCCCUCUGCUCCCCUCUUCCCCCAUUCUCCACCCUUCUCUCCACCCUUCCCUCCACCUCUCUUGCAGCUCUCCCUGUUCAAGUCAGAGCCGAGAAAUUGCUCACGAGCGCUCAAGCGCCUGGGCCACAUCGACUUGGACGGAGUGGUGCAGCUGAAGGGCCGGGUGGCGUGUGUCGUCACUGCAGGCGACGAGCCGCUGGUGACGGAGCUCAUGCUGGAGGGGGCGUUCAACUCCAUAGACCCUCACCAGCUCGUGGCUGUUGCUAGUUGUUUUCUGCCCUCUGAGAAGUCGAAUGAAGAGCAGUUUGGAGGCCAUAGCAUGGGAUCUUUGGAAGGAACGGCAUUGUUGCUAGCUGCUUCCUUCAUUCCAAAGGCUUGUGUGAGAAAGUCGAAUGAAGAGCAGGUGAGGGUGUGUGAGGCUUGUUCAGGUCAUAUGAUGCAAGGAGGGACAGCAAAGGUGAGUGAGGCUGCUGGUGAUGGAGCUGAGGCUGGAGGGGGCAUUAAACUCCAUGGAUCCCCACCAGCUCGUGGUUGUUGCUAG